GCAAACAAGACUUUCUUCUGCUCAUUUGGAGCUGAGUCACUGAGCUUUUUCAAUGGAAACUCAAAUGGCUCUUUCCCAUUUGUCAAUCAAGCAUGGAGAUUCCAUCAAAGUGAAGGGGAAAAUUGAACCAGACGCAAAGAGUUUUGCCCUCAACUUGGGCCGGGAUGGUUCGGAUCUGAUCCUUCACUUCAACGCUCGCUUUGAAAGUCAUGGAGAUGUCAGGACCAUUGUGUGUAACUCCAAGAUGAAAAGAGAAUGGGGUUCGGAGGUGCGAGAGUCCAUCUUCCCCUUUGAACAGGGAGAACAGACCAAG